AUGGAAAAUGCAUCAGUGGUGACAUCACUCAUAUUGACAGCCUAUUAUGAUAUGGAAGGCCUGAAAUACUUGUACGUCAUAACAUUCCUACUAUUGUACAUCAUUACCAUUGUUUUAAAUUUCAUUAUUAUUGUAAUAAUUUGUGUUGACAGAGCUCUGCAUGAACCAAUGUAUCUAUUUGUGUGCAACUUGGCAUUUAAUGGAUUGUAUGGUAGUACAGCUUUGUUACCACCCCUUCUGAGUAAUUUACUGUCACACUCUCAUGAGGUUUCUGUAGCCUGUUGUCAAGCACAGAGCUUUUGUUUACACACAUAUGCAUUUGUUGAAUUUACCAUUUUAGCAGUAAUGGGCUAUGACAGGUACAUAGCAAUAUGUCACCCCCUGCAGUAUCACAGCAUUAUGUCUCUUUCAAAAGUGUACAGACUUAUCGCAUUUUCUUGGUUGUAUCCCAUAGCCGCAGUUGCUGUGAUAUUUUCUCUAACUGUACGGCUCAUAUAUUGUGAAGAAAAAAUACAGAAGGUGUACUGCAGCAACUAUUCAUUUAUUAAACUCUCCUGUACAGACACAUCCGUUGUAAAUAUUAUUGGAUUACUUACAGUUGUUGCGUAUACUAUUCCACAGCUAAUACUUAUACUUUAUUCAUAUUCACAGAUUCUCAGAAUCUGCUUACUGUUGUCCAAAGAAUCACAGAUAAAAGCACUGAAAACAUGCACACCCCACCUAUUAGCAGUGAUAAACUAUUCUUUGGGAUGUUUUUUUGAAAUAUCUCAAAGUAGGCUAAACAUGAGUCAUGUCCAUUAUGGAAUUCGUCUUUUCAUGUCCCUCUACUUUUUGAUUUUUCCUCCCAUGAUAAAUCCUGCCAUCUAUGGAAUGAACAUCCAAGUGGUAAGAGUGCGGAUUUUCAAACUGUUCCAGGUCAAAAGUAUCCCGCGGCGCUGCGCCCCGCCUCCUCGUUCCGGCUCGGCCAACCAGAAAACGGGGCGCCCCGAUUUAAAGAUGCUGGAUGCUUGGGAGGACAUAGUGGGGCUAGUGGAGAAGCUGGAGGCUGCCGGAGACAUGGUGAGAGAAAAAUGGUUGCCUCCGCCUACAGGGAGAGCCAGUGAACCCUCGGAGUUCCUGAGCCUGCUCAUCACCCCAAAAACCCUCUAA